UCCCAUGCCAUGAUCAAAGGGGACCAAUAAUAUCAGAACAAUAGAUCAAACAGAUGAGAUAAUCGAUCAUUACGCAGAAAACGAAUUUGCAGCAAAAUAUAUACAGAGAGUAAAAGAAAGAAGAGGGAAUGGCUUCAGCUGCCGUAGACCUGCUGAUCGGGAAAGUAGGAUUGAUCCUCGAAAGCGGUGUGUCUCAGUUAGAAGGAGUUGGUGAUGAACUUCAACACCUCAUGCGUGAGCUGCUAGCCAUGAAAUCCUUCUUGGAAGAUGCCGAAAGAAGCGGAGCUUUAGGUGAAGUAGAGGAAACAUGGAUGGGAACUGUGAGGGACGUCUCCAUCGAUGUUCAAGACAUCAUUGAUGAUUUCACAUAUCACAGAAACAUGGAGAAAUGUUGGGGUCCAUACACAAGAGCCUUUCAUCAGACAAUUUUCUUCCCCAUGAAUCUUUGGAAGAGGCAUCGCAUCGCCACCAAAUUGCACAAGAUCAUCAUCAAAGCAAUCAAAGCUAUUCCGGAAAGAAACCAACUUCGUGGUGUUGAUCGUAGCCAAGGCGGCCGUGAUUGCGAUCACGGCCAAAUCAAUAUCUACGGUGAGUCCUCUCUUUUCUUCAAAGAUGAUGAACUUGUGGGAAUCAAAGAUGCUAAAGAAAAGUUAGUUGGAUGGUUGCUGUCUGGAGAACCUCAGAGGAUCGUAAUUUCCGUAGUUGGAAUGGGGGGUUCGGGUAAGACAAGCUUGGUUGCGGACACCUUCAACAGUCAAACUGCCAAGUUUGAUUGCUACGCGUGGAUCACAGUCUCGAAAACUUACAACAUCGAAUGUCUAUUGAGAGUUUUGAUAAAAGAACUUUUUGCAUCUGCAAUGGAACGUGUUCCUCAAGACUUGAGCAGGAUGAGCCAAAUACAAAUGGUGGAAUUGCUGGCCAACUAUUUGCAGCCAAAGAGGUAUGUCAUUGUGUUUGACGAUGUGUGGGAUACUAAUCUUUGGAGACAGAUAAAUGGAGCACUUCCAGAUGGAACACAUGGAAGCCGGGUCAUGCUUACAACUCGGAGAGAAGACAUUGCAUCCUUUUCAUUUGGAUUUGGAUGCCAUAUUCAUCAUGUUCAGCCUCUUAAGGAGAAUGAGGCUUGGGUUCUUUUUUCCAAGAAAGCUUUCACUGGCCUGCCUGACAAUUGUUGCCCACCAGAGUUUGAACACAUUGCUAGAGAUCUUGUUGGAAAAUGCAAAGGAUUACCUCUUGGAAUUGCGGCUUUGGGUGCUCUCAUGUCAACCAAAAGAUUGGCGUCUGAGUGGACAAACUUUUACACUACUUUUAAUUGGGAGUUAACCAACAACCCAAUGCUUGAAGUAGUAAAGAGAAUCUUGAUGCUAAGCUAUAAUGAUUUACCUUACCGACUCGAGCAUUGUUUCUUAUACAUGUGCAUUUUCCCAGAAGAUUAUGUGAUCGAAUGUGACAGGCUUGUUAGACUAUGGAUGGCAGAGGGGUUUGUGGAAAAAGUUCGAUGGGCCAAGCCAGAAGAGCUGGCUGAAAGCUACAUAGCAGAGCUCACUUGCCGAUGCAUGGUACAAGUAGUUAAGAGGGAACCAUAUGGAAGGGCAAAAGCUUUAAAGAUGCAUGACCUCUUACUAGAACUUGCUCUUUCAAUUUCCGAAGUUGAGAAAUUCUGCACCGUCUAUAAUGAGCAAAAAAAAAAUGAAGAUAAAAGGACUCCCUAUCGGCUCUCAGUGCAAGCAAAGUAUGGAAAACAAGCCCACAGAGACAUGUCAAGGGUUCGCACAUUCUUUAUUUUUGCUCCUAAUAUGACUGAUUCUUCUUCAGUUGAAAAGUUGCCAUCUGAUUUCAAACUCUUGAAGGUAAUGGAUCUUAGACAUGUCCCGAUUACUAAACUCCCAGAUCAAUUAGUGAAGUUCUAUAACAUGAAGUAUUUAAAUUUGAAAGGAAUGCAAGUGAAAGAACUUCCAAGGGACAUAGGGAAUCUUCAUCAUUUGGAAACCCUUGACAUUAGGCAUUCCAAAAUCAGGAUGCUUCCAGCAGGAGUUGUGAAGUUACAAAACUUACGGCAUCUGUUGAUGUAUCAUUGCAAUUUUCAGGAUCUUUUUAGGUCUUAUUAUUUCUUUGAUGGCACAAAAGUACCUCAAGGCAUAUGUAAGCUAGAGAGCUUACAAGUUUGUGAUGCUAUCGAGUUAGAAGGCACGCUAGUCAAACAACUUCGACAGUUUACCCAACUCACAAGAAUGAGCAUAACCAAUGUGAGAGAGUCAGAUGAGGAGGACUUGUGCAAGACACUUGAAAGCAUGAAACUCAUAGAGCACUUCUUUGUCCAUACAAGUAAUGAAGAUGAGGUUUUACGCUUGGAUGCAUUGCCAUCAGCACCUCCUUUGCUGAAGGCACUUGGUCUAAUUGGAAAAUUAGAGAAGGUUCCACUUUGGUUUCAUUCUCUUUUCAGCCUUACACAAUUAAGGUUGCAUUGGUCCAGAUCAACAAAAGAUUUUCUUCCUUACAUCCAAACACUACCUAAUUUGAGCAUACUUCGGCUGAACAAUGCAUAUCUCGGAAAUCAAUUGGUCUUUCACAGUGGAUUUCCAAAGCUGUCUGAAUUAUACAUAAUGGAGUUGCCUAAAUUGAAUGCGAUCAUCAUAGAGAGAGGAGCGAUGCCAACACUACAAAGACUUGUAAUCACUGAAUGCAUGGAGUUAAAGCAAUUGCCUAAUGGAAUCGAUCAUCUUACAUGUCUUCAAAGUUUGAGUUUGGUAACUGUUCCCCAUGAGCUCGUAGAGCGAAUACGCAAUGAAGGAAGCUUGGAUCGUUCCAAGGUUAUGCACAUCUCAGACAUCAGUUAUCACUACAAAACUGAACUCGGGUGGUCUGGGGAAAGAUUGAGAUCAUCUCUACAAUGGGUCGUUCAACCCUCAAAUACUCCGGUCAGCAUUCUAUCCCGAGAUGGUCUACCUAUUUUACCAGGUAAUUAACUGGAUCUCAACAAAUUAAGUAGCUUGCAAUUUGGAUUGAUCCCUGUUCAUCUGCAAAUGGAGGAAAGCACUGCAAAAUUUGUGUGCUUUCCAAACCCAAUGCGAUCGUCCAAGACCAAGAAUACUUAAAUUGUAUAUGUUGUUAAUUUGCAACCGUAAUAAUCUGUUGGAGACUUCAUUCUAUGCCUAUGAACUCUUUCCUUUCUG